UUCCCUCUGCGCCUCCACUCAUGUUGUUUGCGUCUCUAAUCUGGCGUCCACUGGUGUCUCUGAUUGCAAUAUAGGUAGUGAUAGGUAGUAAAGACUUGACGUGAGAUGUUCCGAAUUCUAAUAAUUCUUUCACUGUAAAUAAGGAAGCAUACCAAUCCUAAAGUCAGUGCUCGUAAGGAAAUUGUAUUACUUAAAUCGGCUAUAUAUACACAUAUAUAUGCAAGAAUAUUCAUAUUGCGUUUUAAAAAAGAUAACCUAACUUGUGUAUGUUAUGUAUAUAUAAUUAAAAUUCUUAUUUACAUAGAUCAAAGUUUAGUCAGAUUUUAUUGACAAUUCUUUAGUACACAUUUUAGUUUUUGUUCAUAAUGAACUUACCCCGAGUAUUGAUUGUUAGUACAAAGGAAGGGAAGGCUAAAGAAAUUGCAGAAAACAUAGGUGCAGAACGUUUAUCCGAAGAAGGUGAUAUUGUAAAUUACUUAUGGAACAUUGACAAUAAGUAUUAUACAUCACAGGUUCUAAUAUGUAUCACGGAAAGCAUAUCUCAGAAAUUUUUGGUGGAAGGAAUCAACGCAUUGAUCAUAUAUCAUGAUCCACAAGCAGACAAAGUGGAUCAAGAACUAGAAUAUUUGGCAUCCUUGAUCACUUCAUUAACAACAGCAGAGAUACUUUUAUUUUCCUGUAAUGCAAUAUCUGAUGUGCUUCUUCGUGAUAAAGUUUUAAAUUGGUGUUUAAGCCAUAAGUUUGAACUGGUUGAAUUAGAACAAACAGGAAAUACAGAACCUGAUCCAGAAGGUAACAAAUAUGGCAUUGAAAGGAUAGUAGAAGCUCUACAUGCUCACACGUGGCCAAAUAUUGUACUUAAAGAUAAACCAAGUACAGCAGAAACAUUAGAAGUAAAUGAUAUUGGAGAGCAGUUCGAAAAUAUUCAAUUAACCCGUGAUACUUCGGAAAGACUACAAAUGCAAGAUAUGCUUGAAAGCAUCAUGGAUAGUGAAAAUGCAGAUUUUGGAGAGUUAUUUGGUCAAUUCAUGGCUAUGAAGGAACAUGCAGCAUCUUUACCAACAAAUGAGAGACGUAUAAUGGCAGAACAAGUAGUUACUGCCUUUUGGAAAGCUAUGGGUGGUGAUCUUCUAGAAAUUGAGGAUUAAACUUGACCCAAGUAUCAGUAUAUUGUUUAAAUUAACUAUAAAUUACUUAGAUUCAUUUUUGAAUUUAUUUGAGAUGUACUAGCAAAAUUUUAAGAUAAAAUACAAUUUUAAUAUAAAGAUCUAUCAGAACGAUGUAUGUAUUAAGAAUGAACGAUGGAAAAAAAUAUAUUGUUAAAAAGAAUUCUGUAUAACGUAAAUGUUCAUGUUUCAUAAGAAUAAGAUAAGUAAAUUUUUAUAUAUUAUGUAUACGCAUCUCUCUCAGCUAUAAAAUAUAUAUAAAAAUAUAACGUCAUGACUGAUGUAUGUAUUAAUAUUGUUUGAUGUUUGGUGUUUGAUAUUUGAUGCAGUAGCUGUAAUUUUCCCAAUAAAGAAACUCACUUGCUUUUGUCUAA